AUGGUGUCUGGCGGCCACACUUCAGGCGCCGCGGUUGUGGCUGUCGUUGUCACCUUCACUGUAAUCGGUGUCGUUUUGACCGUGGCAAGACUGUACACUCGCAAGCUGCUUGUACACAAUGCCGGCAUUGACGAUGUCUUUAUAGUCGUUGGAGUGAUUCUUUCGAUCCUUGUAACGGUCACGAUGUGCGAGCAGGUGCAAUACGGAGUCGGUCGACAUUACUCUUCGCUCAAUGACAAUGACAAGGUCAUGUCUCUACGCUGGUUCUGGGCGAGCGUUUUCCUUUACUACAGUAGCCUUUGGGCUGUCAAGAUGUCUAUCUUGUUCCAGUAUCUUCGGAUCCUACCAGAGGCUGGCUUCUAUCGCAGAGCAUGCUACGCUCUGAUGGCCUUCCUAACGGCCUGGACAGCUUGGGCGUUCUUUAGUGCAGUGUUUGCGUGCACUCCAAUCAAUUCAUUUUGGGAUAUGAGCGUAAAGGGAACUUGUCUCGAUCGCCUUGCCGUGUGGUUUGCCAACGCUGCCUUCAACAUAAUCACUGACAUUGGCACCACGAUCCUCCCCUUACCAAUCCUCAACACCCUCCGCAUCCCCAAAAAGCAAAAGUACCUUCUCAUGGUUGUGUUUGGCUUGGGUGGCAUCACAUGUGUGAUUUCGAUCCUUCGCUUGCAGUCGCUCUACGUUAUUUCCAAGUCGACAGAUGUCAGCUGGGACAAUCCGAUGGCGGCUAUCUGGAGUAGUAUGGAGGUCAAUGUGGGAAUCAUUUGCUCGUGUAUUCCCACACUCAAGGGGCUUCUCACUCGCAUGUUCCCCAGCCUGGCUGUUUCUAGUCAUUGA